UGGGACAGCUGGUGCUCUGAACAGAAUACAGUAUCUCACAGUAAGAGAGUCGUAUCUAUAUUCGUACUUUGUGUUAUUUGGCAGUCCAGUUGUACAUGUGAUGAACAUUCAAUUGUCGGGUGCGGUGUUUCAAAGAAUAGAUCGCUUGUGUUUACGUGGCCGGGGAUGUUUGUGAUAACCUCAUGCUGCAUCAGAUACCUUGCUAAUCUCCAAAUAGAUGUGUAGUUUGGCUGUGUUUUUUUUUUUUCCUUUGCAUGGCUCGUGUUUAGCGUAUUUUGGGUGGUCUUUUGGUUAUGUCCACGAAAGGUUCACACAAAUGACGUAGGGGAACAAAGCCAGAAAAGAGCCAAAACCUGCCCAAACUACACAUCUGCUUCGAGACUACCAUUUCUUUAGCUGCAACGGAGAGUCGUCAUGUGUCAGAUUAUACUCGUUCAGUCCGGCUUAGAGUGGUGGAGUCUGGUGGGAAGGAAACGACUUUCCCCUCCCCUGGUUACUGCUGUACCGAUGUAGAGUUCGCAUUAUGAUGAAGUCGGGCCCAUGGGUAUCCUAAGGGGCGCCAAUUGAGCACUGAGGAAUGUGCAGACGGAGAAUGAGACGUUAUUCAAUGUCGGGAACACAUCUCGUAAUUUACCAGGUUGAAGGUACAUUCCUGUCACGUAAAAUACACAGUACUACAUGUAUUUGUAAUAUUGUAUGUUGCUUUUGAAAUCACUACUGCGUAAAUCCCAAAGUAACAAUGAAAAUGGAAAAUAACUGCAGUCUUGCUGUUGACAAUGACGUAUACAUGCAGGAAUCCCACCGGUCCUUGUACUUGUAAAUAUUGGACAGAUAGGAAAACCAAAUAACACAUGAUACCACCUCUGAUCGUCCAAAAAGCCUCACCUCCUGUUAUCGAUCGUGUUUGAAAAUUAAUCCGAUUUGGAUAAACACGUCACAUGUGUCCUUCAUAUGAGACUAAAAGGGAAUUGUUCCCAGAAGACCGUUACAUGACUAGAUUGUGACGUGCGCGCAGCACUGUACGGUUUCACUCCCACCCCGUGACACAAAGAGCCGGAACUUCAUCUGGCUUGCUGUGGAGAGCACAGUGUUGGAUAAAUCAAUGCUGGGCUCCAAGUCAAGGGGCUCAGGCUCUAAACUUUUAACCUCCAUUAUAGUCUCCGGAAUCAAUCAUUUCGUUACCGCAGACGCUUCCUACAGUUCGCCGUCUGUAGGCGCUCUAUCUUAUUUUCAUUCCUGUUGAGAGAAUUCCAUCUCAGUCCCAUUUAUAUGUAACAGCGCGAAGAGGUCAGCACAAGUGGACCGGGCGAACAACAUGUCGGCGAACACCACAAUCUCUCCCACCGAGACAACCGCUAACUUCACCGCCAACUCCACCGAGGAUCCAGUCGGGUCCUGUUUCGCCGCCAACCCGUACAGUACCGGGGUCCAGGCCGUUCUGGGUCUGAUCACGGUGAUUCUCAUCCUUCUGACUGUGAUAGGUAACGUGUUGGUGAUCCUAGCUGUCACCUGCCACCGUAAAAUGCGCACCGUCACAAACUUUCUCAUAGUAUCGCUCGCCUGUGCGGACCUCAGCGUGGGGAUCACCGUCCUUCCCUUCGCUGCCACCAACGACAUCCUCGGCUACUGGCCGUUCGGCGCCUACUGCGACGUCUGGGUGUCGUUCGACGUGCUGAACUCCACGGCCAGUAUCCUGAACCUGGUUGUGAUCGCGUUCGACCGAUUCCUCGCCAUCACAGCCCCGUUUACCUACCACACUCGCAUGACGGAACGAACUGCCGGCAUACUAAUAGCGACAGUGUGGGGGAUCUCGCUGGUGAUGUCCUUCCUGCCCAUCCAAGCGGGCUGGUACAGGGACAACCUGUCCGCGGAAGCCUUGGCGAUCUAUGCCGACCCGUGUUUAUGUAUCUUCACCGCGAGCACUGCUUACACCAUCGUGUCGUCUCUCAUAUCUUUCUACAUUCCUCUCCUCAUCAUGCUCGUGUUCUACGGCAACAUCUUCAAGGCAGCCCGAGACCAAGCCCGUAAGAUCGACGCUCUGGAAGGGCGGAUAGAGCAGGAAAACAACCGACGUGGCAAGAAAAUAUCUCUGGCAAAAGAGAAAAAGGCGGCGAAGACACUCGGCAUCAUCAUGGGAGUGUUUAUCCUGUGUUGGUUGCCGUUUUUCGUGGUGAACAUUGUGAACCCGUUCUGCGACAGGUGUGUGCCGGAUGAAGUGUUUAUCGCGCUGACCUGGCUCGGGUGGAUCAACUCUUGCUUCAAUCCGAUCAUCUAUGCCUUCAACAAGGAGUUCAGAAAGGUGUUCGUAAAGAUGAUCUGUUGUUACAAGUGUAGAGGUGUGACAAUGGGACCUAAUCACGCAGACUUGAACUACGACCCGGUGGCGAUGCGGCUAAAGAAGAAGGGAGAACAUCACAACGGGGACGUCAACGGGGACGUCAACGGCAAGGCUAACGGCAACGUGGACAUAGAAGGCGGAGAGGGAACGUCAAGUUCGUAAGAUAACGCGUUUAGUUUAGGCGAAAUUCGAAAGGGAGCUGGACUCUCAUUAAGACUUUAACCAACGGUCCCAAGGGUCGAUAGAAAAACCGAGAGGCAUAUCUAAUCCCAAUGCCAAUAACAUUUUCAAAGACUGAAGGCGAGUGUGUAUAUUGUAAGAUUUGCCAGUACAGCAUCAUUAUCAUUAGACGAUAUCAGCGGUGGAUAUAGAAUAAAACAACAUAGACUUGGCUUGACAGAGAGCGUACCCAAGGACAUAUUCCAUUGACAAACGGCUAUGGACACAAGCACAGCUGAAUCAUAGCAUAAAAACCUAAAAGACCUGUGGUGAAGACAGAGUCUAUCAAACCUAAAGGAGUGCAUUGUCAGAGCAUGUCUAUAGAAGAUCUUACAAGCAGACUCAAGGAAGUCGAACUCUCAAAGAAAGACUACGAAGAGGAAAAGCACAGAGUCAAGAGGGAAAAUCUGUGAAACGACUUGGAAAAUAUGGCGACUUUUGAAACUCGAACCUACGAUGGCGUACAGUGAAGUAAACAUUGCUAGUCUAUCGGCCGUGAGCCGAGGACACUAGAUCGGUUCCGCCGUGCCGACCAUGACAUGAGUCAAUGACAUCAUUCAGAGAACCACACGGGAGAUAUUGUUUUCAAGUCACCACGAUGACGGCAAUACCAUGUAAAUAAUGUACAAGGUAGGAAACAAUGUGACGUGCUUACUGUGACUCUAACGUCAUGAAGUGUCUGCUUACCAGCACUUCUAAGAAACAGGUACACAGUUUAGAUAUUAUUUAUUUUUUGGGACUUAUUUAUCAAAUCAUUGUGUGCAAAUUUGUCUGUAAAGACACAGAAGUAUGUAACAAAUAAUCAAUGUGUAACUUUCAUUGUCAUUGAGGGUGCUUGUCUACAUUGGGGAUUGGUGUAUUUCAAAUGACUAGUCAUAAAGAAAUGUGUUUCAACAAAACUUCUGGUUCCAUGUACAAACUUGCUUCAAAUUUGUUUGAAUGAUUUAACCAGUUCUGUUUUCACAUGCAUGGUAACAUAAAAAAUGCAGCAUAUAGCGUAGCAAUGUUCAGAUCAUGACACGGGGACAGUGUAAUAAUACAUUCUUUUUCCGAAAGGAUCCUCUUUGCUAUAAGGCAACAGGGCAAUAAUGCAUUUUUUUCCAUUUCCGUUUGCGUGCAAGGUGAAAACUUAAUACGUUACUUAUUCGUAAGUGAUACAAACCUUAGAUAGAUCUAACGUGUUAUUGAUCGUGAUUCGGACCACUGUUGUGACCGAUUUCCAUUGAAAGCGUCUUGGUAAUGGUAACCGAAUUUGUAUCGUCAGGUGUCAGUGACACCAAUUAUAAUGGUUGUCUAAAAAUAAACGAAGUAUGAUCCUUCAUAAACAAGUCGCAUACAAAUGUAGACUAUACUAAAUAAUGGACUAAAAACUUCAAAACAUCAGAGCACUCAGGACAAAGGCAAAGGAUUCUGUGCUGAAUUCUGUUUUGGAAACGGGGAUGACCUAUUUCAGUAACAUUUCAGUAACAAUUGAGGCGUGUCAAAAACACAUGUCUUACACCAAUCCUGCUGAACUAAAUAUAUCUACACCAUUCAAUAAAUUUUCUUUGCAAAAAGGGUAGACUAUAGUCAUAACCACCACGAAAAGAAGAUUAAUGAGUCCCUUGCCCUUAGACUGAGUGAGUUCAUGUUAGACAACAAUAAUGGGUAACCACAUGAGGACACAACAAGCAGGGUGUUGUUGUCAGGUUUUGUUUGUGUAGCUGAGAUGAACAGCACUGAUCUCUCAUUAGCGGAAACCGAUACCCUUCCACGGGCUGACCUACCAGCUCCAGCACCUUUGUUCUCAGUGAGUCUCGGGUUACCUAUCCUUGCAGAAAGGCAUGUGGGGCAGAAGGAUCACAACACUUCUGGACAACACUUUCUGACCCAGUACCCACUUAGAUACAGCACAGUGUUUAUAGGUGCAAUAUAUCUCCAAGCAAGUAUUGGGUAGAACGUCCCGUGUUUCUGCUGUUACGUUUUCGUCACAUGCGGUUAUGUGUCAGAGGGGAU